AUGACAUCUAUUGGUACAGGAUACGAUUUAUCCAACAGUGUUUUCUCCCCGGAUGGUAGAAAUUUCCAAGUUGAAUAUGCGGUCAAGGCGGUCGAGAAUGGUACCACAUCGAUAGGUAUAAAGCAUCAAGAUGGGGUUGUAUUUGCUGUUGAGAAACUCAUUACGUCAAAGCUGCUGGUGCCAAAGAAAAAUGUCAAGAUUCAGACUAUUGAUCGUCACAUAGGAUGUGUUUACUCAGGGUUGAUUCCGGACGGCAGACACCUUGUCAAUCGUGGUCGUGAAGAGGCGUUGAGCUUCAAGCAAACAUACGGUACUCCUAUCACAGUUCCUUCUUUUGCAGAUCGCAUGGGACAGUAUGUUCAGGCGCAUACCCUGUACAACAGUGUCAGACCGUUCGGGGUCACAGCAAUCUUUGGUGGUGUUGAUGAGAAUGGCCCUCAUUUGUACAUGUUGGAACCAAGCGGGGCUUAUUGGGGCUACAAAGGAGCAGCUACAGGCAAAGGUAGACAGACUGCUAAGGCCGAGUUGGAAAAAUUGGUCGAUAAAAAUCCUGAUGGUCUGACAGCUAAGGAGGCGGUUAAGCAGGCUGCAAAAAUCAUAUAUAUGGCCCACGAAGAUAAUAAGGAGAAGGAUUUUGAAAUAGAAAUAAGUUGGUGCUCCGCUUCUGAAACAAAAGGUUUACAUAAGUUUGUAAAUGGUGACAUACUGAAAGAAGCAAAUGAGUUUGCAAAGAAAGAAGUUAAUGGCGACCAAGACAGUGACUCGUCUAGUGAUGAUGAAGUAAAUGAUGAGGAAGAAGCGGCAGCCCCAUCAAGUACCAUAGAUGCUGAAGGAGAUGUACAGAUAAAUUAG